CCUAACUGAGCUGUGCUGACACUGCAGUAGAGCAAAGAAACUAGUGUACCUUUUUAGUGCACUCACACAGAACUCUGGAUAGGUUCAGAUGAAUGAAUAGGUGACUGACAGACCAACAAACUUCUCUCCUCUCUGGACUCGCGUGCAGGCUCUGGACAGUAUAUCGUCACGGCCACCAGGUUUCUAUUCUCCAUCUGACGACCUCUCAUUGUAAUUUUGUAAAGUACGCUAUCAGGAUGUUUUCUCUGGUUAGUUUGAGACGGACCGUUUCUACCCUGUUCAUUCUCCUCUCCAGUGCUGCUGUCAUGGUGGAGAGUGACUGUCCUGCCCAGUGCUCUUGUGGCCCAACACUCCCAUUGUGCCCAGUGGGUGUUAGCUGGGUGACAGACACCUGUGGCUGCUGUAAGGUGUGUGCCAGGCAGUUCAACCAGGACUGCAGCCCCAGCCAGCCCUGUGACCACAUCAAGGGCCUGCACUGCCACCUGGGGGCUGGGGGAGACCCCGAGAGAGGCCUGUGCCGAGCGGAGGCCAAGGGCCGGUCCUGUGAGUUCAACGGGCGUGUCUACCAGCAUGGAGAGGACUUCCAGCCCAGCUGCCAGCACCAGUGCAGCUGCAUGGACGGUGUGGUGGGCUGCAUGCCACUCUGCCCCCACCAGGUGUCCCUUCCCGACUGGCACUGCUCCCGGCCAAGGCUGGCAAAGCCCUUGGGCCGCUGCUGUGCGGAGUGGGUCUGUGACGACAACAACCACAUCAGUGAAGACCCAGAGGAACCUCCACAUGCAGCCCUGCCCAACCCACAACCCCUCCCAAACCACAUCAACAACCAGCUCCAGGCACAGCCACGCUAUCAGGCCAGCACUAGAGUCAACAUUAGAGAGGUGGUGCCCCUCCCCAGGUCCCAGGUGUCACUAAGCACCAGAUGCUUCCAGCAGACCACUGAUUGGACGGAAUGUUCCACUACCUGUGGAAUGGGCAUCUCAAGCCGGGUGACCAAUAACAACGCAGACUGCCGGCUGGUCAGAGAGACACGACUGUGUGAAGUCCGCCAAUGUGACCUGCAACUUACCCCAGCAAUCAAGAGGGGAAAGAAGUGCCAGCGUACAGUGCGCCCUCAGGAGCCAAUCAGGAUCAACUUUGCUGGCUGCUCCACGACACGGCACUAUCGACCUCGCAGCUGCGGCUCCUGUGCGGACAGACGAUGCUGCACCCCUUCACUGACCCGCACCGUCCGCCUGCGCUUCCACUGUCCCGACGGAGAGGGCUUCACACGCAAUGUCAUGUGGAUCCAGCGCUGCAGCUGCAAGAAGAGCUGCCACAAUCAUGGCUCCCCCUCAAGGCCUUCUGUCAGCCUACACAAUGACAUCCACACCUUCAGGCACUGAGUUAGGAUUAGGAGGAUGCCCAACCCCAGCCUCGACACACUGGAUAGGGCUAGGGCAUGCUAGUCUCUCCCCAUCUUCCAUACACCUUCUGACCAGGGAUAGCCCUGCCUUUCAGCCCCUUCCUGGACACCAGUGUGGCUGGCAACCUCUCCCUCCUUCACCAGCACCAGACUAUGGGAGAGAGAGCCUCGGCUAGGUGGCCGCUCCUCCCAACCAGGCAGAAUUCUUGCUUGCACUUUAAGCUUCCUGACACGUUGACCCCAGUUGUCCAACAUGAGAGAUGGGUAGCUAUAUGGUGCAACUCUCUGCGGCUAGGUCCAGUUCCCCUUCCCUGCUGAUGACCCAGCCACUGAACUGUUCUGGUGGAGGAAGGGACAGCACUGAGCACAACAGACUAUAGAUGGCCUGAUGUCACUUUCUUGAUGUCAUGUUGGACUGUAAAUUAAUCCUAUUGGUUGUCUGCUUUUUACCCUUAUUAUUUAUUAUUUUUAUUUGUUAACAUUGUCAAGUCCCUCUAUAACCACAGUGGGGAAAAAUAAAGGAACGUGUAAGCAUUUAUGUGAUGGACAUUACUUUUUGUCAUAAUAUAGAAAUGUGUAAAUGACUGAGGCCAGUGAAUGUGUAUGUGAGUGACGACCAUGGGCAAUCCCAUACAUUUAUGAAGUGUUUUGUCAGAUACAUUCAUGGUAGAAUGAGGACAGGAUGUAAUUCUACCGAUUCAUCAAUGAUUCUACCUGUAUAUUACAUGUUGUAAAAUUCAGUGUGUGUGAGAGAGAAUGAAAGGGUGAGAAACAGAGAGUGUUUACAUGUGUGUAUUUGUGUCAUAUUACAGAGUAUAGUGUACAGACUUCACUCUUUGUUGAGUGGCAAUUUAUGCAGAUCACCUCAUUUUUCGGGGUGUGUUUUUUAUUGCCUCAUAGUAUGGAGACUUUCUUGUACUGGAGGGAAGAUUUUAUUUUAUAUUUUUAAGAUUUAUAUAUUGUUUGAAUUUGUAUCAAUAAUUCUCUGAUACAUCAAAUAAAACAUUCAACACGU